UGUAUAUAUAUAUGUACAUUAGUUUAUGCCGUUUAUACUAGUGUAUUAAAUAAUUACUUAAAUACAUACGUAUACACUCGACCGAAUAACACGAGGAUUUUAAUCAUACAUCUGCAAUAUCAGUUGUUUAUUAUACUGUAGGAGUAAAAAUUCAUUUACAAUUCGCGAACGCAAAUUUGGGCGUGGUAAGCCGACCAAAAUAAACAUGGGUUGUGGAUUUGUUACUUGUGGUCCUAACGAGGCUCUGGUUGUAUCAGGAUGUUGUUACGGAAAGCCUUUACUAGUCCCUGGAGGACGAGUAUUUGUAUGGCCAAUCGUACAACAAGUACAAAAGAUUUCGUUAAAUACAAUGACUCUUCAGGUAGAGAGUCCUACGGUAUAUACUAGUCAAGGAGUUCCAAUUUCUGUGACUGGAAUAGCACAGGUAAAAAUUCAGGGCCAGAAUGAAGAAAUGUUGUCGACCGCCUGUGAACAAUUUUUAGGCAAAGACGAAGAUGAAAUUCAUAAUAUUGCAUUAGUAACUUUAGAAGGGCAUCAACGUGCAAUAAUGGGCAGCAUGACGGUAGAAGAAAUUUAUAAAGACAGAAAAAAAUUUAGCAAAGAAGUAUUUGAAGUCGCAAGCAGUGAUCUAGUCAAUAUGGGUAUCACUGUUGUGUCUUAUACUUUAAAAGACAUUCGAGAUGAUGAGGGAUACCUAAAAGCUUUAGGAAUGGCUCGAACUGCAGAAGUUAAACGAGAUGCAAGGAUUGGUGAAGCUGAAGCAAGAAGAGAUGCUCAAAUUCGUGAAGCAAUUGCUGAAGAACAACGGAUGGCUUCUCGAUUUCUUAAUGAUGCUGAUAUUGCUAAAUCACAGAGAGAUUUUGAAUUGAAAAAAGCUGCUUAUGAUGUUGAAGUUCAAACUAAAAAAGCAGAAGCAGAAAUGGCUUUUGAACUACAAGCGGCUAAAACAAAACAAAGAAUCAUGGAAGAACAAAUGCAAGUUAAAGUUAUUGAACGAGGACAAGAGAUUGCUGUUCAAGCACAAGAAAUGGUUCGUCGAGAAAAAGAACUUGAUGCUACUGUUAGACGUCCAGCAGAUGCGGAAAAAUAUCGUUUAGAGAAAAUUGCUGAAGCUAAUAAAUUACGACUUGUAUUGGAAGCAGAAGCUGAAGCUGAAGCUAUUAGGAUUCGUGGAGAAGCUGAAGCAUUUGCCAUUGAAGCUAAAGCUAAAGCAGAAGCUAACCAAAUGGCAAAGAAAGCAGCUGCGUGGAAUGAGUAUGGAAAUGCUGCGAUGGUUGACAUGAUGCUUGAAACACUUCCAAAAGUUGCAGCUGAAAUUGCAGCACCUUUGUCACAAGCAAAAAAGAUAACGAUGGUAUCUAGUGGAAAUGGAGUUGUAGGCGCUGAAAAACUCACAGAAGAAGUUCUCAAUAUUGUAACUCGCGUUCCUGAACUAGUAAAAACAUUAGCAGGCGUGGAUAUAGUGAAGUCGGUCCAUGCUGCAUAAGCUUAAUAAUUGAAGAUGCCAUAUGAAAUCUCUCUUCCUUUUUAUUUUUUUA